AUGUCGGUCGACGGAAGUAACACUAAUGAAAGCUUAGAACAACAUGACUUGCUAGACGAAGUUUUUGGAGCUGAGAUCCACUUACCUGAGGUCAAAGGAAAAGCAAUUACUCAGACCGAAAAAAGCGAUGAAGAUGAAAGCCAGUCAUCCGAAGAUGAAGAUGAAAGGCGGAAAAACGUGAGAGGCGAAGACGAAGAGCUGGAAAAAGAGUCUUCAAAAGGAGAAUCAAGAGAGUCCUUGAAAUCAGAGUCCAGCAGCGAAGUUGAAGAUUCAAGCCGCCACGAUGAAUCAGAUGUGGAAAAAGAUGAAGAAGAAGGAGAGUAUGAUGAAGAAAAAACGAAGAAGACGGACAAAAUCGCCCCUUCCAGAAAUCCUGAGAACGAGCAGUCAUUUGUCGAAAUGGAACAAAAACAAUUAGAUACCAACGAGCAGAAGAGUUCAGAGGAUGAAGAAGAGCCAAGUCAGUACGUGGAAGAAGAUGUUGACAUGGACCAAGUAUUUGGAGCUAGCUCUUCUCAAACUGUCGGAAGCAGAGUGCAAUACAAUUUCGAAGCCGAAGCAGAAAGUCCUUUCCAGAUGGAAGAAACAGAACCGCCGAAACAAGAGCAAAAAGCUGAAGCCUUUCUUGACUACGAUCGAAAACGGGCAGAAGAAGUAAUGGAAGAAACAAUUUCUGAACCCAAUUUUGACAUUGAAGUGGCUUCGAGCGACUACGAUCACGAUAUGGAAAAUUUUGAUCAACAAGCUGGCCUUCAGUCAUCAGGAGUCCACACUAGUGAAACUGAGAAGAGCGAAGGCACAGAUACUGGCGAGCAAAAGCAAGUGCUUUUCUCAGAACUGCCAAUGGACUCGGAAAAUCGCUGGAAUCAAGAAGAACGGCAGGAACCAGAUUUUUACGAUAACAAUGUCCCAGAGGCUGAAGAGAGCGAAGACAAAAGUGAAGCCCACAUAAAGUUUAAAGACAGCCAUGUUAGUGUGCCAAUCGAUACCUUUGAUCAUUCCAGUGCAGAUAAAGCGAUAUCUGCCGCCCCAGGAGUUCGUAAUCUGAAAAGCAUUUUUGAGUCAAAAAAAAGUUCACCUUCGCCACCUAAAACUGAACACCCUCCUGUGCGAUACGAUGACCUCUAUGCAGAGGAAGAGAGACUCGAGUCACGCCCUUCGUACAUUCAAAGCGAGCGUAGGGAAGAGCAAAACGUGGGGCAGAAAGUAGAAUACGUGGAAUCUGUGAAAGAACAACGUUUUGUGCCUAACGUUGAAGUGGAAGAGCAAAAACCAGUUGGUGAAUUACUGAACAUGUUUGGGGGACGAAAAAAACCUUCACCGAGGAAGGAAGUUGCAAAGCAACUUAAAAACCAAGUCCCUUAUUCAAAAGCCGCAGUCACCCCAGCGGCACGGAGCUAUACAUCAAGCGAAGCACCUGAAAAAGGAUCUGUUCCGAAAUGUAGAGUUCAUUCUCUUUUAGAACCUUCGAAAUUAGAAACGUCUCCAAACCAAGGGGACAAUUCCGCUGCCAGAAAAUCCCCCCUCAAGAAAUCACCAAUUUUCACAAGCAAAGACCAGUUCCAGUCUCUCAGAGUAGUCAAAAAUGUUCGACAGUUUGUAAAAAUUUGGGGCAAUGCGUAUUCACCAGAUGGACCCCACCCGAUGUCGCCCGUAGAUCGUGAUAAAGAAUUAGACUAUAUGAUUCAAGAAAAACCUCACCAAGACAAUUCUCAUUCUGUUCCUAAGGGAGAAAAGCAAGAACGUAGCCAGAACUACUCCGAGGAACUCCAUUCUCCUGCAGCAAAGACUGAAGAAACAGUGGGAAACCACACUGUGUCUUCAAGGGACAAGGUCAAAGAAGAGUCGAUUGAAAAUUUGCCUGUCUCUCAGAGAAGGAUGAUGUGGGAACGACGUCGUCCGCGCAAGAUGUCAAAUAGUCCACAAAUCAAGCUUCAACAUAACGGACAACAAGUUUCUGAGGUUUUUAUGCUUGUCUUUUAA